AUGGACGUAGAAGAAAUUUCGAAUCUUAGUAUUGAUGAAUUUUUCAUGCUUUUGUUCGGUCUAAAGCCAAUCGAACUAGAUCCAACAGAAUUUGUCACAGAAGAAUUAACCACCGAACUUUUUGUUACUCUUGUUGAGCCAUUUUUGAAAGAAAAUCAUCCGACGGGGAUUUUUCGAAAUUUGUUUCCAUAUCUUGUCGAUUCCAUCAGUAGAACCAUUCCAUUUACUAGGCUGGUUACCUGUAUUCAGGAGCUUAACGAAAGAGAUGAACCUGAUAAUUUGUACAAAAUUCUUAAACGUUUUGAAGAAUGUACAGGAAGAGAUUUCCUUAUUGCAUUUCUCGAUAAGGUUCCCGAGAAAUCUUUUUUAAAGAUUCUAGAUGCGAUUGUUACUGCCAAUAUUCCUAUUCCGAUAUUUCUUCCGAACGAUGAAUCACACUCAAAAAAGGGUCUUAAAGUUCUGAACGGCAUGCGUGACAUUAUUACUGCCCAUAAAUACCAUCUUUUCCUUUCUGUGAACCAAGAAAAUACAGGCAUCGAAAAACCAUUUUCGAAGCAACUUUAUAAAAACUUCUCCAAUCACCGUGAAGACAUUCCCGGAAUUUGCAAUCCAAAUUCUAUUGAUAUUUCAUUUCAUGCUGCGUCAGAAAAUCACACUCGCCCGCCUCUUGCUAUAUCAGAAGUUUAUUAUGAUAAACCUAGUUCUCCUAUAUUUCUAAGAACUGUGAAAGCACUUUCAAAAUUUUCCUUUUACAUUGUAAUCCAUGUUUCUAGUAAUGACUUUGACGGUUGUGAACCAAAAGAUCAAUUGAAUCUCACCCUCGACAACAUUUCUACCGAAAGUUAUUGUAAUCAUAAACGAAAAAUUUUGGUUCUGUUUUGGGGAUUUAAAGCUCAGAUAUUUGGUAAACUCAAGGAAAGAAUGGAAAAGGUAUUGGCCGAGAAAUUUAUUGAUGACGAAUUCUGGUGUAUGGAAGUUAUUCCCAGGAAUAAAAAAAUUAUAUUUGAAAGGAUUAAAAAAGAUUCAUUUCAAAAGCUUAUGGAUACCAAAAAACCAUGGUUAAAUUGGACCUCCAUUUUAGAUGACAGAAGGGACGAUAAUGAUUUCUUAUCGGAAAGCUAUUUCGCACUCUCUAUGGAGAGAGUUCAGUUUUCUUGUCGUGCAGAUAUAUUUUUUGCUUCCCAUUGUUUUACUGAAAUGGAAAGGCUACGGGACAAGGGACGCCUUAAAGCAUCUGACGAUUUGGAAAGCUACAAAACCCAAUCGGAAAUUUAUUCAGAAAUCAAGACGUAUCAAGAGAAACAGAAAAACUUGGCAAACUGUAAACCAAUCCCGAUCCUCUUGGAUUUCGCAAAAGUCAUCAAAAAAAAGGAAAUUAAAUAUAUGCGUAAAUUCGCAAACCAAGUUGACAUUUACUUCAAAAAAUCUCUUGAAUAUUUGACCCAGACGGACUUUAAUUUAAGUCAAGGCGGUCAAAUAGGCAUUCAGAGAAAAGAGUUAAGACAAAAAAUUGAAGAUCACGAUAUCACGAUUCAUGAUUUCUGGAGAGAAUUUGUAAUUUUGUCUCAAAUAAUGCCAGAAACAGGAGGUGGCUGUUUAUCAGUCUUAGAAAAAUUAUAUGAUGUCAAUUAUAGGCAGCUCGAAGAAGCAUAUGAAAUUUGGAUACGAGAGGGAGAAGCAAUUCAGAUACUCGAGGGUGUAUCACUUAGAACAUUAAAUUCCAAUUUUCUUUCGGAUGUUUUAAAUAGAGUAAUGUCUGACUCCAAACGGCAACUAAUCGUUCUCUCAGUUAUCGGCCUUGAAAGUUCAGGAAAGUCUACACUGCUAAAUUAUUUAUUUCGAUGUGGAUUUUCAACUUCGGCUGGAAGAUGCACAAAGGGUGCAUAUAUGUCAUACCGGCAUACCACUCAUAAUGGCAAGGGAUUAGAUCUUUUGAUCAUAGAUUCUGAAGGAAUGGGAUCCACCGUAGCAAAGUAUAUCUCGAGGCGUGCGGAUUUCGAUAAAAAAAUGACACUUCUUGGCAUAAUGUGUUCUCAGAUCCUAAUUCUUAAUAUAAAAGGGCUCACAGGCGGCAUUUCCGACACUCUAGAAGUUUCUUCUUAUCACAUAGACGCGUUAAGCAACAGAGGUUCUAAGCCAAGAAUCAGUUUUGUUCUACGAGACAUGAAAGAUACUAAAGAUGCGCAACGUCCGGCAUUUCACGAUAUUCGGGAAGGUUUGAAAAAGAUGUUUAACGAAAUUCCAAAUU